AAUCAUAAUUAAUGUUAGAUACAUUUGUUGUCCGAAAUUUAGAAGAAAAUGAUUGUCAUGAACUCGUCGAGCUUCUUCGACAUCUUACCACGACUGAAGAGAUGCCAGACGACGAACUAUUUUCCAUUUUUAAAGAACGCAAAGAUCAAGGCGUUAUAACAAAGGUUGUUGAGGAUCGAAGAUGUGGACAACUUGUAGGAACAGGUUCAAUUAUUAUCGAACGAAAGUUUGUGCAUUCUGGUAAGCGAGUUGGACACAUUGAAGACGUUGUUGUACUUCCUUCUAUACAAGGUGAAGGCAUUGGUAAAUUUCUGAUGAGAAAUCUUUGUGAAAUUGGCAAGGAAUACGGUUGCUACAAGAUAAUCCUAGAUUGUAAGGAUAGUAACAUUCCCUUUUACAACAAACUUGGUUUUUACAAAUUUGAGACUACAAUGAGGCUAGAUCUUCUUUGA